AUGGCGCAGAGAUUGCUCUGGUAUAGUCUCUUGGUGGGCGCUGCCCAAAGCCUGAGCUCGGUAGCAAGCUCGUCAUCGUCCGCUACAUCACCCGUGGUUACCAUUCAACACUAUGGAGUUCUUCAAGGCAAUCGCUCGGAGUACAUAGACUCUGUGUACAACUUUAAGGGCGUUCCUUAUGGUGGCGCCCCGACUGGCACAUUGAGAUGGAGUCAUCCACCGCACCCAACGCCUUGGACAGGUAUUCGCGACGCCACGGCUUUCGGCCCAGCAUGUCCACAGCCAGGCGUAGACGACUACGACGAAGACUGCCUUCACCUCAACGUCUGGACUCCGGACGAUGCAACUUUGAACGAUGUCACGAAUAGCACAACUGGAGUUGGUGUUGUGCCUACUAAGACUAGCAGCAAAUAUCCAGUCUAUGUGUGGAUAUAUGGCGGACGCUUUGCAGGCGGCUCGGCCAGCGACGCACUCUAUGACGGGGCUGGACUUGCAAAGAAGGGCGUCGUGGUUGUUUCUAUCAACUACCGUCUGGGCGCUCUCGGGUUUCUGGCCCACCCCGAGUUGAGCAGUAAUUCUUCGAGUGGGACUUCUGGCAAUUACGGACUCGUCGACCAACAAGCCUCGCUGCAUUGGACUUACGAGAACAUUGCUGCAUUUGGUGGCGAUCCUUCGCGAAUUACCAUUGGAGGUCAAUCGGCCGGCGCAGGGUCAGUCCUUGAUCACUUAGUCAGUCCCCUUGCUGCAGGGUUAUUCAACCAGGUCAUCGCAGAGAGUGGUGCAAUCUAUCCAUCCAAUCCGCUCAUUGGAAGUGUGGCACAGAGUUACCGUCACCUAUCAAAAGCGGAAGAGCAAGGCGUCUCGUUUCUCGAAAGCCUGAAUAUUAGCUCCAUUGAAGAAGCCCGAGCCGCGCCAGUCUCACUGCUCUUAGCUGGUAGUUCGCAGAGCGAUGUCACAUAUGUAGGCACAGUAUUCCAGAAUGACUCGAUCUACAUGGAGCCACCGCUCUUUCGUCCGGUCCUCGAUGGUUACGUCCUCCCUGCUACUUACCAAGAAUUACUCCAGUCAGGAAACCAUUCGAUUGUUCCGGUCUUGACUGGUAACAAUAAGGAUGAAAAUGGAGCUUCACCGGAUCCUGGUCUUGGUGUUGCAAAUUAUACCACCAUCAAUUCACAGGAAUUUGGAAGCGUUGAUCUGGCCAGUGAAUUCUUCAAGUUAUACCCGGCUGGCGCCAACUCGACCACGGCCGAUGACUCUAGUAACGCUUUCUUUCGAGACCAAUCUCGUGUUUCAACUUGGCUCUGGGCCAACGAAUACAUAGCCGGCUCAGCCCGCAAUACGUCUGGGAAUGGCACGUACCAGACAUAUACUUACUAUUGGACUCAUGCACCCCCAGGCCAAGACAGAGGUGCAUAUCACAUGAGCGAGAUCAACUAUGCCUUUAACAACCUGUAUGCAACAGACAGUCCCUGGACGGCGAAGGAUUACGAGAUUGCCGACAUCUUGUCCGAUUAUUGGGUCAAUUACAUUAGUAAGGGGAAUCCUAACGGAAAAGGCCUUGCACACUGGCCACAAAACUCCAAAAGCAAUCCUGUAACAAUGGAGCUGGGCGACGCUUGGGCUACGAUACCAGUAGUAGAUGAACAGGGGAAGGUUGAUUUUAUAAAGGACUGGUUCUCUAAAUGGCCUGUCUACUGA